AUGAGUACCAAACCUCCGUUCACUUUGUAUGGUUCUAACGCCAGCCCAUACAGCUGUAAAAUACGGGCAUUUUUGAGAUAUAGACGUAUACACUUUAAGUGGGCGGCACUGAACCCGAUGGAGAUAAGCACACAUGUGAAUCCAAGCAUCAGGAAGCUCAGGACGAAAUUGAUUCCGAUACUCGAGUGGCCCGACGGUAGAGUUCUCGACGACUCAACAGUUAUCAUAGACGUUCUCGAGGAAGAGUUUCCUAUUGGUCGCAAUGUGUUGCCUCCAUCGGGCCCUGAGCGUUUCUUGGUAAAACUAUUGGAAGAUUUCUUCGAUGAGUGGUUUAUGAAAGCGACGUUUAAUACAAGAUGGUCCUCUGAGGCCGAUAGAGAUUGGGCCAGUCGAUGGAUUAUAGCCGAUCAAGUGAUGUCCUCUCCUAAGCUAUUCAAUUUGCCCGACCCCUCGCAAAGAGAGGCUCUCACCAAGUUCUUUAGAGACAGACAGGUUGGUAGACUGCGACUAGUCGGAUGUGAAGAUGACAAGCUGUGGCAGUAUGUGAUGCAUCAAGUUGUUGGAGCCUUGGACGCACAUCUGAGAGACGAUAACGCCUUCCGCUUCCUCCUCGGACCACGCCCAACUGCUGCUGACUUUGCGCUGUAUGGCCUUCUCAAGCAACUUUCACUCGACCACACGACUGGAUACAUCAUCCGAGAUCGAUUCACCGCUGCUCUGCUAGACUUGGCUGCUACCAAGAAGAAUUCCGGUGUAGUGACCAUUGACAAUUUACUCGGUGAAGACACUUCCCGUACGAUUAUUAUGAUGAAGACGGUUAAUGAGGACAGCGUUAUGAAAGCUCUGACUCAGCUGGUCGAGGAGCUCAACAUCCCCAAACCCUCGAUGUUUUAUACUCCUACUAAUCACUCUGCUGUGCAUUUCGAGUCCUCUGGUGUUGGUUUUUGCACUGAGUGUUUGAAGAAAAAGGUAGCUAUAAUGGAGAUUCCUUGUGGUAAGGAAUACGGAGGUAAAGCUUAUAUGUGCGAAGAGUGUUAUAGUAAACGUGAUGAUGCUGGCCCUGUUUUCAAGAUCGAAUACUAG